GGGGCGGACGGCGCGCGGAGGAGAAGGAGAAGGAGAAGGAGAAGGAGAAGAAGGAGAACCGCGCUCGCGGCGUCGUCCCGCGGCGGCGCGGCGCGGAGGACGGCCGUCGCCGUCGUCAUGCAGUCCAUGGCCGAGCUCGAGUCGCUGUGCAACGUGCUGUACAACUCGCACAACCCGGCCGAGCGCGCGCACGCGGAGAACACGCUGCGACCGUUCAGCACGAACGUGGACUACAUCGCGCAGUGCCGCGCGAUAUUAGACGCGGCGACGAGCCCGUACGCGCAGCUGUUCGCGACGUCGUCGCUCACGAAACUCCUGACCGAUCACGACUCGCUCUCGCAACAACUGCGCAUCGACAUGCGCGCCUACGUGAUCAACUUCCUCGCGACGAAGGGCACCGCGCUGGAGGGGUUCGUCGUCACCGCGCAGAUCCAGCUGUUAUCGCGCGUCGUGAAGACGGGGUGGCUCGAGGCGGACGAGGCGCAGAGAGACGUCGCGGCGGAGGUGAUGAAGUUUCUGGAGCAAAACAAUGCGACGCACUAUCACAUCGGUUUGAAGAUCUUCAACCAGCUCGUGAGCGAGAUGAACCAGCAGACCCCGGGGACGUCGCUCAUCGCGCAGAGGAAGAUCGCGGUGUCGUUUCGGCACACCGCGCUUCUGAACAUCUUUCAGAUAUCCCUGCGCGCGCUGCAGUCGCUUCAGAAUGAUCCGGCGUCAGAGGCGAGGCUCAAAGAGAGCGCGUGCGCGUUGACGCUCACGUGUCUCUCCUACGACUUCGUCGGGACCUCUCUGGACGAGUCCACGGAGGACAUCGGGACGAUCCAGGUCCCGUCGUCGUGGCGCGGGAUCAUCGAGGAGCCCGCGACGAUGGCGCUGCUGUUCGACGCGUACAAAGCGAGUUCGCCGCCGGUGUCGAACGCGGCUUUGGAGUGUUUGGUUCGCCUCGCGAGCGUUCGACGGUCGCUGUUCGCGUCCGAGGCUGAGAGGAACGGGUACCUCAGGCGGCUGAUCGCGGGGACGUCCGAGGUGCUGCGACUGAACCAGGGCUUGGGCGAGCACGACAACUACCACGAGUUUUGCCGUCUGUUAUCGCGGCUGAAGACGAACUAUCAGCUCAGCGAGCUCGUCGCCGUGGACGGGUACCAAACCUGGAUCCAGCACGUCGCCGAGUUCACGCUGACGUCGCUGCAGUCGUGGCAAUGGGCGUCGUCUUCGGUGUAUUACCUUCUCAUUCUGUGGAGCCGACUGAUAUCUUCGGUGCCGUACCUCAAGGGCGAGGCGCCGUCGAUGCUCGACGCGUACGUGCCGCGCAUAACGGAGACGUUCAUCACGUCGAGAAUCGACUCGGUGACGGCGGUGGCGUCGGGAACCGCGGAGGAGGACCCUCUCGACAACGAGGAGUCGCUUCAAGAUCAGCUCGAGUCGCUGCCGCACCUGUGCCGGUUCAGGUACGAGACGACGGUUCAGUUCCUCACGACGCUGAUCGACCCGACGAUCGCGGAGUUUAACAUGGCUGCGAACAUGCCGGCAGGGUCGGACCCGAGCGCGCUGAGCGUCGUCGAGGGAAGGCUCACGUGGCUCGUGUACAUCGUCGGCGCGGUCGUGCGCGGACGACUGUCGUGCAGCAGCUCGGAGCCGCAGGAGAGCCUGGACGGCGACCUCGCGUUUCGCGUGUUUCAGCUGAUUCAGGUCAUGGACCAAGGGUUCCACGCGACGCGGUACGGCGCGGAGAGUCGGCAACGGUUGGACCUCGCGGUUUUAAACUUUUUCGGAAAUUUCCGCAAGGUGUACGUUGGCGAGCAGGCGAUGCACAGCAGCAAGGUGUACGUCCAGCUGUCCGAACGCAUGGGGUUGCACGACCACCUCAUGGUCAUGAACUUGACCGUGACGAAGAUCACGCAAAACUUGAAGUGCUUCGCGCAGGUGGACAAGGUGGUCGAGGCGUCGUUGAACUUGCUUCAAGACCUCGCCGUCGGGUUCAUGUCCGGGAAGCUCUUGCUGCGUUUGGACGCCAUAAACGCGACGCUCGCGAAUCACACGCCGGACCACUUCCCGUUCCUGUCGCAGUACGCCAACACGCGCAACCGAACCAUCUUCUACGCCACGCUCGCGAGACUGCUGUUCAUGGAGGACGACGCCGCGAAGUUCGCGCAGUUUAUGGCGCCGUUCGGCGCGUUGUGCGAACAGCUGUCCAACGCGGCGAGGAGCGACGUCAACGCGUUUCGAUCCGACGCCGUGAAGCACACGCUCAUCGGUCUGUUCCGAGAUCUGCGCGGGAUCGCGUCCGCGGCGAACAGCCGGCGGACGUACAGCCUCCUGUUCGACUGGAUGUAUCCGCGGCACGUCGGGCUGCUGCUGCACGCGAUGGAGACGUACGCGGACGACCCGCAAGUCUCGACGCCGCUGCUAAAAUUCGUCGCCGAGUUUGUGUUGAACAAGACGCAACGGCUGACGUUCGAGCCGUCCAGCGUGAACGGGAUCCUUCUCUUCCGCGAGGUGAGCAAGCUCGUCGUCGCGUACGGCCGACGCGCGCUCGCGGCGCCGCCGGUGAAGGGCACGGAGGCGUACCCGCGGCGGUAUAAGGGCAUAUGGCUCGCGUCCACGGUGCUCAUGCGCGCGCUCUCGGGCAAUUACGUCAACUUUGGCGUGUUCGAUCUCUACGGCGACAACGCGCUGAAAGACGCGCUCGGGGUGGCGAUAUCGCUCUCGCUCACGAUGCCCCUAGAGGAGAUCAUGACGUAUCGCAAGGUGGCCAAGUCGUACUUCGCGCUCGUGGAGGUGCUCUUCCACUCGCACGUGCACGUCGUCGCGGCGUGCGAUAACGCGACGUUCGCGCAUCUCGCGCGGUCGCUCGAGGCUGGGUUGCGGUCGUUGGACGUCUCGAUAUCGUCGCAGUGCGCGGCCGCGAUCGAUAACCUCGCGGGGUUUUACUUCAAGGCGGUGAACCCGGUGAUCGGGGAGAAUCCGGCUCAGGGCGCGGAGGCGAUCGCGGCGCAUAUAAACCAGCUCCCGACGUUGUUUCCCGAGAUGCUCAAGACGCUGUUCGACAUCGUGUUGUUCGAGGACUGUUCGAACCAGUGGAGUCUGUCGCGGCCGACGUUGUCGCUCAUCCUCGUCAACGAGGCGCACUACGGCGCGCUCAAGGCGGAGAUCACGGCGUCGAUGCCGCCUUCGAAACGGCCGCUCAUGGACGGUUACUUUGAGAAGCUCAUGGACGGCGUCACGCGGAGCUUGGAGGCGCGGAACAGGGACCGGUUCACGCAGAAUCUGACGGUGUUCCGGCACGACGCCAAGGCGGGGUGA